GAUUCUUCAUUUGUUUCUGAGCCGGGGAGUUCCUUGGCUCUCUCGGUUCGUUACGAUAUUCCAGAAAAAGUUAACAGUCAGUCUGGUGUGAGCCUUUCCGACCUCAUUCAUCAAGAAAAAUUUGCUGAACUCCCUGUGCCUCACCUAGCUCCUGCUCACUGGCUCCUGUGUCUCUCACCUAGCUCUGUGUCUCACCUAGCUCCUGUGUCCCACCUAGCUCCUGUCUCCCUAGCUCCUCACCUAGCUCCUGUGCCUCACCUAGCUCCUGUGUCUCACCUAGCUCCUGUGCCUCACCUAGCUCCUGUGUCUCACCUAGCUCCUGUGCCUCACCUGGCUCCUGUGUCUCACCUAGCUCCUGUGUCUCACCUAGCUCCUGUGCCUCACCUAGCUCCUGUGUCUCACCUGGCUCCUGUGUCUCACCUAGCUCCUGUGCCUCACCUAGCUCCUGUGUCUCACCCCUAG